ACCAUUGUGGGGUUGGACAUGGCGAAUGACGUCAUUCCAUUAAGGCAGGACUUCAGGGAAUUAUCGUGUUCUCAUUGGUAAUUAAAUUUGCCAGUCAGCGUGUACCCAUCCCUUACCAGGCUCGGUUGAGACUCGACCACUUUCCUUGUUGAGCCUGCGGCGGCCGAAGCCGAGACAAACGUCUUGAUAGAUGGAUUUUAGGGUAUAGCGGAAAAACAAAACGCGGGCGAGCUUUUUUCCAAUUAAUUAUGUUUUCCAAAGGUAAAAGCUCCGUUGUGCCAUCGGAUAGCCAGGCACGUGAAAAGUUAGCCUUGUACGUCUACGAAUACUUGUUACAUAUAGGAGCACAGAAGUCAGCACAGACGUUUCUGUCAGAGAUCAGAUGGGAGAAGAAUAUCACACUAGGAGAGCCACCGGGUUUCCUUCACUCAUGGUGGUGCGUUUUCUGGGACUUGUACUGUGCCGCUCCUGAGAGAAGAGAGAACUGUGAACACUCCAGCGAAGCAAAGGCCUUUCAUGACUAUAGUGCGGCAGCUGCCCCCAGCCCUGUCCUGGGCAACAUGCCCCCAGGAGAGGGCAUGCCAGGUGGACCCAUGCCACCAGGAUUCUUUCAGGGUCCUCCUGGUUCGCAGGCGUCUCCUCACGCUCAGCCUCCCCCUCCUAACAGUAUGAUGGGACCCCACGGCCAGUCUUUCAUGUCGCCACGUUUCCCUGGAGGCCCGCGAGGCCCACCCAUCCGCAUGGGCAACCAGCCUCCUGGAGGUGUCCCCACUGCCCAGCCUAUGCUCCCCAACAUGGACCCCAUGCGAAUGCAAGGUGGGCCGAUGCAGAGGAUGAACAACCCUAGAGGAAUGGGCCCCAUGGGACCAGGACCCCAGAACUUCGGUGGAGGCAUGAGACCGCCACACAACGCCAUGGGCCCUGGCAUGCCAGGAAUGAACAUGGGCCCAGGAGGAAGACCACCGUGGCCCAACCCCAACAAUAACAACAAUAUGCCUUAUUCAUCGCCCUCUCCUGGCAACUAUGGGGGUCCCCCUGGCGGAGGUGGACCUCCUGGGACUCCCAUCGUUCCCAGCCCUGCAGACUCCAAUAAUUCCAGUGAAAACCUCUACACCAUGGUGAACUCUGGACCAGGAAACAGAACGAAUUUCCCCAUAGGCCCCGGCUCUGAGGGCCCCCUGGGAGCCAUGGCGGGAAUGGAUCCCCUUCAUUUGAACGGAGUCCUCGGUCACAGUAAACAGGACAUCUUUGGAUCUGGUGAUUUGGAUGGUCUACCCAAGAAUUCUCCGAACAAUUUGAGUGGCAUGAGCAAUCCCUCCGGAACUCCACGAGACGAUGACGUAGGAGGCAGCUACCUUCAUUCCUUUCAGAGCGAGAGUUGUAGCUCAGAGUAGAGGAAGCAGGGGGGGAGGUGCAAUGGUGCUACUGUUGAAAGUCCCGCAGUACUCCCCAUCCAUGACGAUGAGCGUGUGAUGACCUGUCCCUCUUGCCCCUGGAAAUGCAUAAUUUGACCGCCAUACCUAAAUACUGGACAUGACAUGACCAAAUACAACUGCCGUAGGCCCCAAGUUUUGUUGCGUGCAGCGUUUUUUGGGGAGUUAUCAUUUUUAUUUUGGUUUUUUUUUCUUAAUUUCUGAAAAGGACUUUGCCAUAAAGCUAUGAACUUUUCCUAAUGUGAUGACCAGUUUUGUUUAUCUUUUUUUGUUUGUUUGUUUGUUUUUGUCUGACACGCCACCUACCAAGUGUUCUUAUGGAGUGUCGGCAAAUGUUUUUUGGCUGCAAAGUCUACAGUUGAAUGCAUGGUUUUUUUUUUUCAUCACUGUUUUUUUUUUUUAUCCCCCCCCCUCAUAUUGCCUACUUGUCAUAACCGGACUACAGCAUGGCGUACAGAGGACUAACUUCAGAUCCCCAAUCGCUAAUAUGUGGCCUUCAACUGUGUGAUAAUAGUUCACUCGCUUUUAAUUCUAUUACGUUUUAACUCUAUCGCUCUCCAACAACGAAACCGAGAACAAAUUGUCUUUAGUGACAGAAUAACACCUUUCAAUAGAAGCAAUUACUGUUGUAAAUGGUUUUUAUUCUAUAUAGAUAUUUUUAUCUUUAAAAAAAAAAAGAAUCUUCCAUGCUGAUAAGAAUCACCAUCUGAGAUGUCCCACGUCUUAUACUAUAAUCCUCUGCACUGAUUUUAGCCUGAUGUUUUUUCGACUUUUUAUGAGGUGUAUGACUGCUGUGUUGUAGAGACAACAACCCAAACUCUUAGGGGAAUGACUGAGUUUUUGGCCCUCCCUGUCUGCAAGUGUACUACCUAUAAAUCAGCCCCCUCCCCAUUGACGGCAGCAGGUUCUGGACCAAUGCAAACCCGGGCCUGCUCUGGGGCGGUGCUGGUCCAGUCUCGGUUGCUGUGGCGUGGGGCUGGUUUUAGUGCCCUCCCGCUCACUCCUCCUCAGGUCUGCCACUCCUCAUCCUCUGCAUAGGCGUGUGUGUUUUGUCAAGGGUCUUUUGCACGUUGUAGCCGCUCCAUGUGUUGCAUUCAUUUGUGUAGUUGGAUGCUGAUUCUUCAGGCAUUUAUGCAGAGCAUUAUUGAUAGGCCCCUUAGAGUGUUUCUUUUGAACACCACAUGUUUUGAAGUUCAAGGUAGCUCUAUAAUCUCAGUCAGUAAGUGAAGACCUUCAUGAGACAUCGAUUCAGAUCUUGUUCUGCCAUACUUUUUUUUGUUAUUUCCACUCGGAAAGGCUUUCACCAUCCAACAUCCACAAAUAUACUAUAGGAUAUUCUUUAAUUUAUUGUAUUUAUGUGAACAAUUGAUAAUGCAGAUGACUCCAUUUUGUUUAACAUUGUUGUUGUUGGAUUGUCCCUCUGAAACCUGCUUUAGAGGAAAGCCCUGUGUGUAUAUAAUUUUAUGUCUAAAUUAUAUGUCUACUUUCACAUGGGUAUUUUUUUUCCCCUUUCUUUCCAUCCCCCCCUUUUUUCCUGCUGGACGGUCACUGCAUGCUUUAGCAAUGAGAUGCGUACAUUUAGUCGUAGAAAAAAAAGAAGAAAAAAAAGAUAAAACUAAUCCUGAGCCAGGGCAGACCGUGCAGAUGUACUUUAGACGUAGAGUGAAAAGGGGAAUUCUGUAUUUUCCAGUUUGCAUUAUGAGUUGUUUGUAUAAAUUCUUAAACACCACACGUUGAGAGUAAAAAACGGCCAAUAAUAAAUGCUAUGAUUCUCAAGGCUUGGUGGGAUAUUAAAAGAGAGAAAGGCUGGCUUUUGUGCCGGUUUCAUGCGUGUUAUAGGGUCAGGUCUAUUCCACAUAGUUGCAGUCUGUUGAAACGGGACAUUGGGAAGAACCGGGGCACAUCAGAACAAGAAACAAUUAUGUAUUAAAUGGGACCUGAUUCUAUCUAUGAAAACAGAUUUUUUUUUUUUUAAGCAUUUUUGUUCUUUUGUUUUCUUUUGAACUGUGUCCUCUCUUUGCAAUACUGUGCACUGUUCCUGAUUCUAAUGUUUAUUGAACGUAAAGUAUCUAAACCAUUAUUAAACCCAUUUCUACAGCA